CUGAGUUUUCAACUUCGCUGAAUCGCCGUUGUUUCCUUACAAUCUACAUCUUCUUCAAAUUUGCCUCUCUCUCCUGCAUUUAUAAGAACAGAGAGACCCCUUAAUUCAAUUUCCAUAUCCUCUCCCCUCUCGGUGUGCAGACUCAAGGAUUGUCAUCAGAUUGAGCAGUUGAAGGCUUCACCCAUGGCUUCUCUCCACAUUUCUUCUUUUGCCACAGCGGCCCUCUCUUCUUCACACACUUGGGAAAACACCAAAUUGUUUGAUGCGAGUCCAUUUUUAGUAAAGGCUCAUGCAUCUGAUUUGGCAUGUAUUCGGAGAGGUUGCAAAUCAUUUAGUGUCAGAGGUGAUUUUAGAACUAGAGCUACAGUCAUAUCUGAAGAAGGUGAUCUCCUGUCACGUUCCAACCAUGAUAUUGCUGUUGAAGGUGCUCUGAUCGGUGAUCACUCAAUUGGCAUUGAGGUACAGCCUGAUGCGAUGGCAUUUGGAACCCUUUCAGCAGAUACUGCUCCCACAACCACUGGGUUUCCAAUUGAUAAAGAUGAAUUUGAUUUGGAUUGUCCUACUGAAGGUUUUGAUUCCAUCCAAGAGGCUAUUGAAGACAUUCGCCAAGGAAAGAUGGUAGUGGUUGUGGAUGACGAAGACAGAGAAAAUGAAGGAGAUCUGAUAAUGGCAGCAUCAUUGGCAACGCCUGAAGCGAUGGCAUUUAUUGUGAAGCAUGGAACUGGAAUUGUUUGUGUGAGCAUGAAAGGGGAAGACCUUGAGAGAUUGCAGCUUCCUUUGAUGGUGACACAAAGGGAUAAUGAUGAGAAGCUUCAUACUGCAUUCACAGUGUCAGUGGACGGAAAGCAUGGGACAACCACUGGGGUCUCAGCUCGUGAUAGGGCAACAACAAUAUUGGCUCUUGCAUCUAAAGAUUCAAAGCCUGAUGAUUUCAGCCGUCCAGGCCAUAUUUUUCCAUUGAAGUACAGGGAGGGUGGUGUUUUGAAAAGAGCUGGACAUACAGAAGCUUCUGUUGAUCUUACAGUGCUAGCAGGGCUAGACCCUGUUGCAGUUCUAUGUGAGGUUGUCGAUGAUGAUGGUUCCAUGGCUAGAUUACCGAGGCUGAAGCAAUUUGCAAAGAUGGAGAACUUGAAAAUUAUAUCCAUUGCUGAUUUGAUCAGAUAUAGGAGGAAGAGAGAUAAAUUAGUGGAUGGUGCUGCUGCUGCCAGAAUACCUACAAUGUGGGGCCCGUUCAAAGCCUAUUGUUAUAGAUCAAUUUUAGAUGGGAUUGAGCAUAUCGCAAUGGUUAAGGGAGAAAUUGGGGAUGGGCAAGAUAUUCUUGUCAGGGUGCACUCAGAAUGCCUCACUGGGGACAUAUUUGGAUCAGCAAGAUGUGAUUGUGGUAAUCAGCUGGCACUUGCAAUGCGGCAGAUUGAGGCUGCUGGCAGGGGUGUACUAGUGUAUCUUCGUGGACAUGAAGGAAGGGGAAUUGGUUUGGGCCAUAAGCUUCAUGCAUACAACCUCCAGGAUGAUGGGCGUGACACUGUUGAAGCUAAUGAGGAGCUGGGACUGCCCGUUGAUUCACGGGAGUAUGGAAUUGGUGCACAGAUACUAAGGGAUCUGGGUGUUCGAACAAUGAAGCUGAUGACUAAUAAUCCGGCAAAAUAUAUUGGGCUCAAGGGUUAUGGCUUGGCGGUUGCAGGCAGAGUCCCGCUCGUAACUCCCAUUACGAACGAGAACAAGAGAUAUUUGGAGACAAAACGGGCUAAAAUGGGUCACAUAUAUGGCUUAGAAUCUAAUGGUCCCCUAAGCAGUAUUAUCAGGGGCAAGGGUAAAGCCGCUGCUGACACUAUAUCCAAUGCUGCAAACGAGUCGUAAGCCUGCCUCACUGCAUUUUAACCCCAGCAGUACCUACUUACUCAAAUAUCUGGUUAAAACUACUGAUAAAUGUACUGUUCAUUCAUUCACAAUUUCCUGUUUGCCCUCCAAAUGUGUAAAUUAGACAUGAAAGGAAAUGCCAUUGAUUUGAUUUCUGAA